CGGUGGGCUGGGUGCUGGGUUGCUAGGACGACCAUUGCAAAGACGCUGCCGAGUCGAGUUGGAGGUUUUCUGGCUUCGUCCAAGGCCCCGGUAUCUGAGCCAUGGGCAGCAAGAAGAAGGAGAUUGCCCUGCAGGUCAACAUCAACACCCAGGAGCUUUGGGAGGAAAUGCUCGGCUCCAAAGGACUGACUGUUGUGGACGUCUACCAGGGCUGGUGUGGCCCCUGCAAACCUGUGGUUAGCCUCUUCCAGAAGAUGAGGAUCGAGGUUGGUUUGGACCUUCUCCAUUUUGCUUUGGCAGAGGCAGACUGUCUUGAUGUUCUGGAAAAAUACCGAGGGAAGUGUGAGCCAACCUUUCUGUUCUAUGCGGGAGGCGAACUGGUGGCUGUGGUGAAGGGAGCCAAUGCCCCCCUGCUUCGGAAGACCAUCUUACACCAGCUGGAGGUCGAAAAGAAGGUUCUGGCUGAAGGCAGGGAACGGAACGUGGUGACUGAUGAGGUUCUUUCUGGCGUAGCCAAGUGUCCUCCCCGAGAAAAGGGCGAUGGUGAAGAGGAGGAGAUAGCGUCACCAGAGAAGACCUGUACAUUAGCCAUCAUUAAGCCAGACGCGGUGGCCCAUGGAAAGGCCGAUGAGAUCAUGAUGAAGAUCCAGGAAGCAGGAUUUGACAUUCUAUCAAAUGAAGAGAGAACCCUGACAGAGGCAGAAAUGCAAGUGUUCUACCAACACAGAGCCGGGGAGGAGGCAUUUGAGAAGCUAGUACAUCACAUGUGCAGUGGACCCAGCCACCUCCUGAUCCUCACCAGGACCGAGGGCACCGAGGAUGUAGUCACUGCUUGGCGAACCUUCCUGGGGCCUUGUGACCCCACUGUGGCCAGGAGGGAACAUCCUGAAAGUCUCCGGGCUCAGUAUGGCACAGAAAUGCCCUUUAAUGCUGUGCAUGGAAGCCGGGACAGAGAAGAUGCCAACAGAGAGCUGGCCCUGCUCUUCCCCAGUUUCAAGUUUUCAGAUAAAGACACGAAAGCCCCAAAGGGUGCUGAGGUUCAAAGAGUGGUGAGCCCCAUGGAGGCCCUUUGCAUCUCUAAGCAUAUCUGAGGACUGGAACACUACUGCCUUCUGCCAAGAUCAAGAUCACAAGGCCACCAGAGGGGCCAUUGCUAUGCUCAUGUCUGCACAGGAGGACCUUCAGAGGACAAUUUCAGAGCACUGAUAUGUUCUUGGUUCAGCCUUAGUUUGUAGACAAUGAAAAUAACUGUCUUACUAGACAGUCUACAGAACAUACCCUACCUUCUAAUCACUGCACUCGACUGAGGUAAUGGUGUCACCUCUGAGGACAUUGGAUCCCCCCAACAAUAAAUCUACUGUUUUGAGCCUA